AUGUGCCGUGCGAUCCAUUUGGAGGCUGCCCAAGCGCAAGCCCCAUCGCCCGUGCAAAAGCAGUCUCCCGCCGUUCUUGCACAUACUCAUGCGUACCCCCGCGACUGGCGCAGGCGUAGUGCAGAUGUAGGUGGGCUCGCGCGUGCGCUUGCGAGUGCUGCUGUGAGUAUGAACGGGGGUGGUAUGGGGGAGGACGACGAGCUGAGUGGGUUUGGCGGUGCGAUGGGUGGUGUGCAUGGCGAGGAGGAGUGGGGUGCGGGUGUGCAGGGCCAGGGAUGGAUGGGAGGCGAGCCGGGAGAGAUUGCGACGGAGUACGCAGAGCUGCUCAGCGACAUGUAUACGCAGACAAUGAGCUCUGUGAAUGAUAAUAAUGUCGAGACCCUCCCGCCGUCCAUUUCCGACUCGAAGCGUACCAAGCUCAUCUGGGCGCUUGACCGCUGGCACUUCGAGCCUCACCUGCUCGAAGAGGACGAGGUGAUUGCAUGCACCAUCCUGAUCUUCGAGGCGCUCUUCCGAGUUGAGGGUAUGCAGGAGGCCGUCCCAGUGUCCAUGCAACAAAUAACCUCCUUCAUCCACCAUUUGCGGCGCAUCUACCGCUACGAAAACACAUACCACAACUUUGAACACGCACUCGAUGUUCUGCAAGCUACACAAUCGUAUCUCAAGUCGGCCGGCGUUGUACCUCCCCCGUCUUUCCUCCUUGAGGCACCUGGCCGCCGAUGGACCCCUCGCAAGGGCUUGAACGACGGUGGCGGGACCUUGAUCGCGAGUCUGGGAAGGAGAGAGCUGUUCAUGCUGUAUGUCGCCGCGAUUGGGCACGAUGUGGGGCAUCCAGGGUUUUCUAACCAUUUUAUGAAAAACGCACAUACGCCUCUCGCGCAGCUCUACCCAUCUGGCUCUGCGCUCGAGCAUCUGCACAUCCAGCUUCUGCUGCGAGUCAUGCGCGCGCACGGGCUGGCGUCCGUGCUGCUCGACAGCCCCGCAGACGGCGCGCACCUGCGGAAGGUGCUCGUGCAGAGUGUGCUGGCAACGGACAUGGGGGUACACGAUGCGUUCAUGGAAACGCUAAGGAACUGUGUUGAAGGUGGUAAGGGCAGCUUGUGUCACCGCCAGAUUGUGUUGUGCCAGGCAAUUUUGAAGAAUGCGGAUAUUAGCAACCCGACUCGCCCCUUCCUCGUAUCCAAACACUGGGCCUCCUUGCUCUCGCAUGAGUGGUCUGCUCAAGCAUCUCUCGAGUCGUCUUACCACCUCACGCCAACCGUUCAACCAUUCUCCGCUUCUCCCCGCGCACUUGCAGCCUCACAGAUUUUCUUCAUUUCGCGCUACGCCAAGCCGCUCUUGGAAUUGACGGAGAAGGCUGUCCCAGAGAUGCGCAUGUAUAGGGAGUGGUGCAGGAAGAAUUUGAAGGAAUGGGAGCAACGAAAGAGAGGUGUGGAAAAAGAGGAAAAGGAGGAGCAAGAGAGGGAAGAGAAGGCGCGCGAGAGGGAGGAGAGGCGGCGAAGAAAUAGGGGUCUGGAGACAGACGCAGAUGACGGCAGUAUGGGUACCGGGACAAGUGCGAGCCCCAGUGCGGUUUCGAGUGUACCGUCGAGCAUUCCUUCGACACCGGGCAUGCAGCCCACCGCUGUGCCUGUGUCCCUGCAAGCCGCUGUCGCUGCCGUGAACGCGUCAGGCGGCUCGGCAGCAGGAACGACACCGACACCGACCCCGUUGCCACUCACCCACAACCAAAGUUACCUCCCGCCACCACCGCCACAGCUGAUCAUGACACCCGGCUCGCCGCGUAUACCCGGAUUCACGUCCGCGUUCCCACUGACGCUGCCCACACACCACCCCCCUGCGCUCGCGCUGUCGGUCGUCUCAUCUACCGCGUACUCUUCUUAUCCCUCUUCAUCCCGCUCGUCAUCGUCGGCAAGCUCAUCCGUGGGCUCAGAAAAGGCGCGGGUAAAUGGUGUGGGUGUGGAAGACGCGUUGUUGACCAUCCCGAUUCCACCUUCAUCUCCUUCGUUCUCAGUCUCGGAUGACGCGUCCGAGGCCGCAUCUGUGCCCUUCUCGCCUUUGAGCGAGACCUCGGGGUCAUUUGCCACGCGAGCUGCGGGUGGGUCGACGCCUACGCAGAUUCCGCCUCUGAGUGUGCAUGCUCUCGGCGGCAGUCUCGCCGUAAAUGGAGGAUAUGGCCAUAGCAAGCAGUCGGCAGCGGUGACUGCACAAGCGGCGGCACGGGCGUUGCGUGCUGCGAGUAAGGCUGGGUCGAUGCGGAAGCGUAGCCAGAUGAAUUUGAAUGCGAGUGCGCACGCGCAUGCACAUGCGCUUGAGAACUUGACGAUGAGUAUGCGGUUUGUUGGGGUUAAUGGUGGUGGUGGCGGUGGCGAUGAAAAUGUUAACGGACAUGGAUUGGCGAAUGGAGUCAUUGAGGACGGGAAAGCGAACGAGCCCCUACCACCACCUUUGGUCGAUAAAUUCGCUACGGUUGGGCGUAAGAUUAAGGCCAAGACGCGUACCAAUGUCAGAGCGGCAAGGAACUCGUGGUGUGCAGGGACAAGUGGUGUCGGGUUUGGAAAUGUUUUCUUUGGAUUUACCAAUGUUGGCUCAAGCGUGGAUGGAAAUGCACAUGCCACCGCGAAUGGCAGCGAGAUUUCGAAUGCAGGGAGUGACGAGGACAAGGACAGUGAAAAAGACGUCAAUGGGAGCGGACCGCCACCUUCGUCUGCGCCUCCGAACGUCGGGGUGGGGACGGCUGGGGGUGCCCUGAAGCCGCUUCCGUUGAAGGCCAUGAAGCUGCAGGUCUCGCCGUGA